GGGUUUCUCUGGGAUGUAGAGGCCUGAAGGAAAAGGAUGGUCGUGCAGUGCUUUUAUCCAUGGAAAUACCUAAAGGUAGGUGAAAUCUGGAGUGAAAGCUUGAGUGAUGUGUGAUCUUAGCCCUGGGCUACAGUACAAAGUAAGGUCCAAGUAAGCCACCUUGUGUUGACCUAGUUGUUGUGCAUGUGUCUACACUUCAAUUUGUCUCCCACCGAUGUAAGUGCCACGUUACAGCAAUGCGGUAACACCACCUUCCCCAGAAGCACUGAGCCAUGGUUGAUGUACUGAGGAUGGCGUAGAACGAAUGUAGACACUGUGUUACCUGUGUGGAUCCUAACAGUCCUCAGUAGCUUUCCCACACUGCCUGACGCUGACCGCUCCAGCCACAAUUGUGAACUUUACUGCCCCGGGGUCACGGAGACCAUAAGGCCCCCAUCCCUUUAAAACUCUGUGAAUUUUUUUAAAUGCUUUCUCCUGGUGGUCCAGCACGGCAAGCACACCUAGUAGCUCUUCAUUGUUGUGCGUAACUGCCCAGCUGGCCAUUCUGGCUACACAUGUCAGACGUGCUCUUGCCUAGAGUAGACAGGAGGUAUUGGAUCUCCUAGGCCUGUGGGGAAAAGAGGCUUUGCAAGCACAGCUACAGAAACAUGGACAUGUGUGAGCAGAUUGCACAGGAGAUGCUGGAGAAGGGGUAUGACAGGGAUCAGCAGCAGUGCCACAUGAAAGCCAAGGAACUGUGUCAGGCAUAUCAGAAGUCCAGGGAGACCAACAGUCAAUCUGAUGCCGAGACACAGACCUACCACUUUUACAAAGAGCUGCAUGCUAUACUUGGCAGAGACCCCACUACUGCCCCACACACCACCAUGAAUACCUCCAAGGAGCCCAAGUCACAGGCCCCUGGCAUGAACAGUGAGGACAAGGAGGAGGUGGAGGAGGAAGAGGAGUAUGGGGGACGUGCAACCGGCGAGUCCAGCUAUGCUGCGAGCCAGGACCUGUUUGAGACUCUGUACCGCAGUCCAGUCAGUCCUAGCAGUCGAGCUUGGGCGAGCCUGAUGCAAAGGCAGAUCCUCGGCUGCUGCCAUUGUGGCCUUGAGGAAUUCCCCACACACAUCCGCAGAAUGAUUGAGCCAGAUAAGGAGAAAGAAGGGGACUUGGGAUGACAUGUUCAGUGAGAUCCUGCAAGCCAAUGCUGCAUCAGACUGUGAGCAAAAGGCCUGGAGGGUGAACAUGGCAGACAGCCUGAGGAAGGAAAGUGUGGACAGGAGAAAGGCCCAGGAGUCCCAGCAUGAAAAGGAGAGGGAGAUGCACCAGGACAUAAUGGGGCUUCUCCAGCAGCAAAGACAGAUGCUGCAGGCUCUUGUGGACCUACAGGUUCAAAAAUCACAGGCUUGACUCCCUUCGCAGCCCAUGAAAAACUCCAUUACAGCACCUCCCUACAGCCCCCUCAACUUUCCAUGUGGCUUCACGGGCUGCUGCCCUACCCCUAGCAUGCCUUCCAGCGGGACAUGAAGGACAACCACCGCUUCACAUACACUGACCUGUGAAAGCCACAGUUGCUGUAUGUGUAGAUGCCUAGUAUUUCGGAAGAUCUUGGUUGUGAUUUGAGUUCUCAAAGCACAGAGAAUGUCUAUGAAACAGCAAAAAGUGUGGAAGUUGACGUGUUUGGAGACAUUGAAUUAAAAGUGAUCAUGAAUAUUUCAGAGACCAUUUCAUGCCUUUGGGUCUUCAAAGAGAACCAAGCUGACUGCAAACCCUCAUUGGAUUCACAAAACCGACAUGUUGUUUCGCUGGCCUUUUCAAAAAUAAAAGAAACUCAAGCUGGAAAAUACACCCUUGCAGUGCAUAGUGAAAACAAUAACUGCACAAUAAUGUUUACAGUUCUCAUAAGAAGUAAACCAAGGAAGCCCUAUUUCAUAAAAAGUGAAAACUUGACCAAUAUAAACUGCAUAUCCGAAAGCUACCCUAAAUCAGAUAUUGAAUGGUUAUUUUGCAGAACACCUGAUGACAGUUGCACCAGUACAAAUCAUAAAGACAGUAAAAGAACUGGGGAAGUAUAUGGAGUACAGGAGGUGCCACGUGGAUUUUCAGCAAAUACGUUAUUUCAAACAAACAUACAGUGCUGCGCAACUAAUGAGCUGGGCAGAGAAUGCACCAAGCUGUAUACAAUAGAUCUAAAUGAAAAACUUGGAGGAUCUUCACCAGAACUCCUUCUUAAAGUUGGGGAACCAUUACUGAUAAGAUGUAGAGCUUUUUAUAAAAUCUAUAGUUUCAGAUUGAAAUGGCAUUUUGAAAACAGAGAAUUACAGCAGGGGCGCUGGUUUGAAGAAACAGACUAUCAAGAAGACUCCUCUAUGGUACGGAUUGUCUAUGCAUUUGCCUCAUCAAUGGGAAGAAGUGAUAGUGGACAUUACACCUGUUCUUCCACAGAACAUCCAAAUAAAACAACUUUGGUUACAGUCUUAGAAAAGGGAUUUAUAAAUGUAACUGACUCAAGAGAAGAUUUUGAGAUUGAUCUGUUGGAAAAGUUUUGUUUUGAAAUUAAACUGAAAGCAUACCCACCAAUUAGAUGUAUAUGGAUUUUUUCCCAAAAAUCAUUUCCUUGUGAGCAAAGAUACAAUGCGGAUGGAUACAGCAUUUCUUCAAGGUUCUGUGAUCAUAAGUAUCAGUCUGGGGAAUAUGUAUUCUACGCAGAAAAUGAUGAUACGUAUGUGAAUAAAACAAUGAUGUUGUAUGUGAAACGGAGACCUGAAGUAACAAUACAGUCAACAUCAAAAGAUAUUUCUUGCUUCUGUGAUAGUUACCCUGCACCAUCUUGGACCUGGAGGAAAUGUCUAGGACCCGAUUCUUCUAAUUGUACAGAAGAAAUCACAGAAGGGAUUUGGAGUGACACACAUGAGAGGGAAACCUUCGGGUCCUGGCUUUCCAGCAGCAUUUUAGUUAUACAGGACAAAGUGAUAGGCUUUUCUGUUGAGUGCUGUGCAAACAAUUCUGUUGGCUCAUCCUGUGCAAAGAGAUUCAUUAACCAACAAGGAGCUGUUUUUUCCCUCCAAGAUAAUGUUUCAUUCUAUGCAACUACUGGAUUUUGCCUUCCAUUUAUAGCUGUUUUGCUUAUAUUUAUUUUUCAUAAAUACAGAAAGCAAUUUAGAUAUGAAAGCCAAAUGCAAAUGAUACAGAUAGUUGGUCCUUCAGAUAAUGAGUACAUCUACAUUGAUUUCAGUGAAUUUGAAUAUGAUCUCAAGUGGGAGUUUCCAAGGGAAAAUCUGGAAUUUGGGCAGGCACUUGGCUCUGGUGCCUUUGGAAAAGUGGUGAAUGCUACAGCUUAUGGAAUUAGUAAAACUGGAGUUUCAGUCCAAGUUGCCGUCAAAAUGCUAAAAGAAAAAUCUGACCCUUCUGAAGAAGAUGCUCUAAUGUCAGAGCUCAAAAUGAUGACUCAUAUUGGAAGCCAUGAAAACAUUGUGAAUCUAUUAGGGGCUUGCACCAUGUCAGGACCAGUUUACUUGAUUUUUGAAUACUGUUGCUAUGGUGACCUGCUGAACUACUUAAGGAACAAAAGAGAAAUAUUUCACCGGACGUGGACAGAUAUCUUCAAACAGCACAAUUUCAGCUUUUACCACAAUUUCCACUUGGAUCGAAACCCCAGAGUGGAUGACUUUGGAGGAAUGCAACUGAGGCAAGACUCAGAUUUGACCUCUGGAUCAAACAGGAUUACAUUAUAUUCAGAGGAAGAAGAAAUUAAAUAUAUCAAUGGAAGGGUGUAUGAAGUGUAUGAAGAGGAGGACUUCAAUAUGCUCACCUUUGAAGAUCUUCUCUGCUUCUCAUAUCAAGUUGCCAAAGGAAUGGAGUUUCUUGAGUCAAAAUCGUGCAUUCACAGAGACCUGGCUGCCAGAAAUGUAUUAGUGACCUGUGGAAAAGUAGUGAAAAUAUGUGACUUUGGCCUAGCUAGAGAUAUAAUGAAUGAUUCUAACUACGUCAUCAGAGGCAACGCUCGGUUACCAGUCAAAUGGAUGGCUCCUGAAAGCUUAUUUGACAGGAUAUACACAAUUAAGAGUGAUGUCUGGUCUUAUGGAAUAUUACUGUGGGAAAUAUUCUCUCUCGGUGUGAAUCCUUAUCCUGGAAUUCAGGUUGAUUCAAACUUCUACAAACUCAUUCAAAGUGGAUUUAAAAUGGACCAGCCAUUUUAUGCUACAGAAGAAAUAUACUUUGUAAUGCAGUCCUGUUGGGCUCUAGAUGCUAGAAAAAGACCUUCCUUUUCACAGCUGCGUUCCCUUUUAGCACGGCAGCUGGCUGAUGCAGAAGGAGCGGUCUAUCAAAAUAUGGAGAGCAAUAUUUCUACACGCCCUUCCAAUUUCAAAACCAGACCACCUGUGAGCAGGGAAAAUGAAUGCCUUCCAUCCACUGAUCCAUCCCAGGAUGAAGAUUCUCAGUUCAAAAAAUAAUCCAGUUUCUGGACUUUACCUAGAAAUUCAUAUAAGCUCUGUAUAUGAUUAAUGUUUUAUGUCACCACUAUAAGUAAACAGAUUAUUAGCUGCUGCUAUAUUAGCAUUUCUUACAGGCAAUUCCAUCAUCUCAUACCGUGAAGGGAACCUUUAUUCAAAUUCAUCAUUUUAAAUCCAGAAAAUGCAUUUACCACAAGCCAGAAGCAGUAUGUAUUUUUGAUCCAUGACUUUUUGACGCAUCUACAACUGAAAACCUUCCAGUAACAGCUUUAUGGAAGCUGUGUUUAAUCAAGGCAUUGCAUUCAAACUACCAUAUGCUGCAUUGUAAGCAAACAUGAAAAUCUUAAGGCAUUUUCAAACUUGCAUGCUUUAAAGUCAGGCAUCUAAAUCCUAGCACUCUGGUUUUUCAGAAGUGUUUCUCACACACAGCUCCCACUGAAGUUAAUGAGGAUUGAGAGUACACAGCACCUUUGCCAAUCAGGCCACUUGAUUUAAAGAUCUAACUUUAAGCACCUGUGUUGGAAAAUGUUGGCCCUUAUUGCCAAGAACCUAAUAUGGUUUUGAGUAUUUCUGAUCAUUUGAUUUUGAAUCUUUUCAUUCCUUUACAUUUCCUGUUAGACGUACAGCUUGAGUUCUUAUACCUCUGCCAGAUGGACACACUUCAUUUUUUAAUGAGGCUAUUUUAGGGGCAUAAUCUCAUCUCUGUGAUUCAGCAACCAUUCAACUCCCAGGAGUUUUAAUGAGAGUUACAUGUACAAAUCCCACUACACUGAGAUGAGAAUAUACCUCUCUAUCUCCUUUCCAGCUUUCCUAUGAGAAAAAUCCCUGAGGUGAUUGUUCUUCCUAUAGAUUUGGAGAUAUAUUAUUUUCCUGUUGAUGAUAUGGGAUGUGUUGGCGCAACUUCUAGGAAUGCUAACCAGAGAUGUGUGCAUAACUCCAGUGAAUCAAGAAGAGAAUAUGCUUUUUUAACCAUUUUUCUCUUUCUGCCCUACAGGAGUUGCUAACCACAUUCAGCACUUUCUUUGGUAACUUCAGUAGGUGUAUCAUUAUUUUGAUUAAAUGGUAUCCCAUAAAUUAAGCUGCUAUUUACUAACAAACUCCUGACAAUGAUUAAUAAAUCUGUUCUUGUACAGCAAUAAUGCAUUACAUAUCUUGGUUAACAUUUAUUACUGAAUUAUCAGAUGGCAAUGUUGUAUACCAGAUAUAAAAUCCUACCUUUGAAAUGCAAAUGUAGCAAUAAACUUUCUUCAAGUAUA